UUUGCCCAAGGAGAGCAGCGUCGGCGACUGCGACCGAUCGACCUUGCCCACGGUGCUCUGGCCUCUGGAGAUUAAAAUACGACUGGUGACUCUUCGCUAGAGUUGAAAUCCAGGGAGGAGCCAGGAAAGACGUCUGAGAUUCAGGCGACAAAACGAAAUCAGAGGGAUCAGAUUGUUGAACGAGGCGAGGCUCGAGAAGAAGCUGCUGAGGCCGAGAGAGCGACGAAGCCGAUGGCGGCGACGAAGAAACCCAAGGCCAAGCCUCAAAAACCAGCCAAGGUAACGGCUGCGAGGAUAGCAAAGAUGCUGGCUGAAGGGGAUGAGAUGAUAAGAAACAUGACACCUGAAGAAAGGGCCAGGAUUAUUGCCGAGUCCAUGGCUGAAAAAUCGGCCCGCGAAGCUGCUGAGGCGAAAGAUGAAGCUGGAGAUGACGAGGAGGAGACUGCACCGGCACAAUGCGAGGAAGAAUGGUUCGCUGCCAAGUUUCGCUCUAUGUGGAGAAGAUACUUAGCUCCCGGCGGUGUUACUUUCGACCAAACCAGUAAACUCCCUGCCAUGCGUUAUGUGAAUCCUGCUUCGGGUUGCUCGGCCAAGGCCAUGGACACUCUGCAGAUUAUGUCAGUCAAAGUUGCAGCAAUCAACGGGGGCUUGCACUGGCCACUACAAGUGUUUGGUAUCGUUGCUGCACGUGAUUACUUGGAUCGUAAGCGCAAUAUUAUUUUCCACCGGCCGAGGACUGACUGCCAAACCAUCACCCAGGAGGAUUGCUACCUAGCACUGUCCGGUCCUAGCCGUGCCAUUGUCGUCUCAUAUGAUCCUACAUACGUUGAGGUUUCGCUCAAAGUGAAGGGCGCUAUUGAAUCUGAGGAUAAAGAUUUAAGUGCUCUCAUUGUGGUGUUUAGAGCUGGAGCCUGUCCUCAAAAUGUCUACCCUAGCAGGCUUAGCACGCUGGAAAUGAAUUUUGAUCACAUUUAUCAAUCGGUGGAGGCCACGGUCUUUAUAAGAAUUAUUGGCGGGUCGUGGCCGGAUGGCUUUCGGGGUGUAUUUAGUGCUGCCUCCAGUAGGGAUGACACCCUGCAAGUCAAGUUACUUGAGUUUGAAGAUGGUAGGUUGCCUGCUGACUCUAACGGUGUGAUCGCGCUCACACGACGUGUGGUCUCUGUUGCGCUUCAGAGGAACUUGAAGGUUUCUGUAAUGGCAUUUCCAAGAAACGUGGGAUAUGCUGCUGAGACCAGUGAAGCAGUUUUACAACCUCAUAGAGCCGGUGUAAGCCCCCCAGGAGUCAAUCUCUGUGUUGGCUCGUGUAGUAUGGAAGUUCGUGUUGCUUGGUCAUGUUUCUGUUGUGAGUGUUGACAUGAGACCAUCUUUAACUCAUUUAAUCUGUGUAUUAUAUGUUGGUGUAGUGGUAUUGUGGCAUUUUUUCUAGUGGUGUAUGCUAGAAAACUGUUCCUAGUUUUGUACUGCUGGUAAUGUGGCAUCUGUGGCCAGCUGGUGUUUUAGUGGUGUAUAUGCUAGAAACCUGUUCCAAGUAGUAGUGUUCUGUACUAGCUUC